AUGGCCGCGGGCACCGCGUCCGCCCCGCCGCUUCCCCCGGAAAGAACAGCCCGCGCACAAGCGUUCCUGCCUCGUCCUCUGGGCAAGGGCCGGGAGGCCGCGGAUCACGGAAUUGUCAGGGCUGGAAGGGAUCUCUGGAGAGCGUCGAGUCCAGCCCCUGCCACGGCAGGGUCACCUGCAGCAGCCGCGGGCAGCCCGGACCGCUGGCCGGGGCCGGGGCCGCGUUUCCNAGCCGCGCCGGGCCCGCCGGGCCCCGCCCGGACCCGUCCGCCCCAGCUCAGCGCUCGGUUCGCCAGCAGCGCCGGAUCCGGGACCGAGGGCCCUCAGCGGCGUGUCGUGGUAGUGAGGAUCAGCAGCCCCUUCGCUUGGCUCCGCACCCGCUUCUACUACCUGCUCAUCCGCCUCUACUUCGACCACGAAUUCAGCAUCGAGGAGUUCACGCGGGGAGCCAAGCAGGCCUUCUCUGUUGUUUCAAAGCUGCUGUCUCAGCGUAAACUUGACCUGCUGGAAGAACUUGUAUCAGCAGAGGUACUUCAGGUGCUGAAGGAAAAGAUUUCUUUGCUCCCUGACAGCCACAGGGAUGCUUUAGCAGCUGACAUUGAUGCAAUCAUGUACACAACAGAAGGAGAUGUUCGCAUUUACUAUGAUGAUGAUGGAAGAAAGUUUGUUAGCAUCCUGAUGUGCUUCUGGUAUCUGAAUGGUGCUAAUCUACCUGAUGAAGUACCAGGUGAAGCCAAAGUCUUCCAGAUUGUGUUUGGAGAUGAAAACACAAAAGAAAAGAAACAUCUUUUAACAGCAAACUAUGAGUUCCAAAGGGAGUUUACAGAAGGAGCAAAACCAGACUGGACUAUUACACGGAUUGAACAUCCAAGACUAUUAGAAUAAAUGCCUUCUUACAGCCUUUUUAUGUACCACUGUAAUUGUUUUGAUGUAACAAAUACUAGGCUUUUUUGGGUCUUUUUUUCCCCUUCCUGCCCUUUCCUCCAAAAGUAGGACAAAUUUUCUAUGUAUGAUUUCAAAAAAUUCUUUCUGAAGCUUGCACUGUGCUGCAGUGUUACAGCAAAGCCUUUUCCCUGGAACAGGCUGGUAGAAAUUUAACUGGUUCCAGUGCUCAUCCAAGGCAUUUAGACAGCACAGUUUCAUUCAGGCAGGUGUAAUGGAUAUGCCAAUUUCUUACAUUCUGACAAGAAAUGGUACUGUUUGAAAAUAAACAACACUUAAAUGAC